AUGGAACUGCUUAAUGAAAGCCACCCUGAAGAGUUCAUUCUUCUUGGCUUUGCUGACCGACCUUGGCUGGAGCUGCCUCUCUUCAUUGUUCUCCUCAUAACGUACCCCAUGGCCCUGUUGGGAAACAUCACCAUCAUUCUGGUGUCCAAGUUAGACCCCCGUCUCCACAGCCCCAUGUAUUUCUUCCUCACCAACCUCUCCUUUUUGGAUAUGUGUUACACCACAAGCAUUGUCCCUCAGAUGCUGUUUAACCUAGGAAGCUCCAAGAAGACCAUCAGCUACAUGGGGUGUGCAAUUCAGCUUUAUUUGUUCCAUGUAAUGGGCGGUAUAGAAAGCUUGCUCCUGGCUCUUAUGUCCUUUGAUCGCUAUGUGGCCAUCUGUAGACCUCUGCACUAUACUCUCAUGAUGAAUAAAUGCAUCUGUGUCCUAUUAGUAUCCACCGUAUGGCUGAGUGGAACUAUAUUUGCUAUCUCAGAGGCUACGCUUACAUUACAGUUGCCACUGUGUGGCAUCAAUACACUGGAUCACCUGUUGUGUGAGAUUCCGGUUCUGAUAAAGACUGCCUGUGGAGAAAAGAGUACUAAUGAGCUCACACUCUCUGUGGUAUGCAUUUUCAUGGUACCUGUCCCUUUAUGUUUAAUUCUUGCUUCCUAUAUCGGUAUCGGACAUGCUGUAUUUAAGAUUAAAUCUUCUGAAGGAAGAAAAAAAGCCUUUGGGACAUGUUCCUCUCAUCUCAUUGUGGUUUUAUUAUUUUAUGGUCCAGCAAUAAUCAUGUACCUUCAACCUCCUUCCUCAUUCUCAAGGGACCAGCCCAAGUUCAUGGCUCUCUUCUACGGAGUGAUGACUCCUACACUAAACCCUUUUAUCUACACUCUGAGGAAUAAGGAUGUAAAGGAUGCAUUAGGUAAACUGGUGAGGAGAAUGUUCAAUUUCAAGUGA